AUGGCAACCUCGGAGCCGUACGUCGUCAGCGUCUUCGUUGUGUCCAACGCGUGGAAGCACGGCUUGCACUGCCAGCCGACGCCUUUGCUGAUCGUCAGCAGCACCGAGGAAGAGGGCGCUGGAGCCUGCAGCCACCGUCCACGCCGCAGGCCGCGCCGACCCGCCAGGCCGGCAAGGCCCAGCAUGGUUGCGUGGGGCGCCUUCGCCGCCGGCCCAGGGCGUGCUUCUUCCGACCCCCUGGGCCAGGGCGUCGGCGAUGUGGACAGGCGGCGCCCUCCUACGAUCUCCACUGAAGCUUAG